UUAAAAAAAAGAUUAGAACUGGCAACAAAAUAACAGACACACUAAAUAACUAUUUUGUAGAAAUGACAUUUAAAUCAGUUAACUUAUCUAUUUUUUGAAUAGAAAGUGUUUUUUUUAGUAAUUACUUUCCCUACUAAAUAGAUAUCUACCUAAUUAUCACAUGCAUUUAUUUUCGGGUCAUUACGCUUUUGAAAAAUUUGCUUUGAAUCAGUGUAGGGGACAUAAAUAUUUAUAUUGUCUGCAAUACUUUUAUCGAGCAGUUCGUGCUUCGGUUUCUUAUCGUAAGUUGUGUGAUCCUUUAGCAUCAUUUAACCAAUCAAUGAGAAAAUAAUGAUUACUAUUGUCAUAAUUUUAAUUUUCAUCCUAGUUAGUAUUAACUUUAUAACAAAGUAUUUAAAAAAAUUAAAACAAAACAAAGACUUUUACCAAAACAUUCGUGGUCCUCGUGGUUUACCAAUUUUAGGAAGUGCUUUAGAUUUCAAAACUACAAAAGACGUGCUUCAAAAUUUAAUCAACUACACAAGGGAUUAUGGCGAGGUUGUGACGGCCCAAAUCGGCCCUUUUCACCGAUAUAUUCUAGUGUCGAAUUACGACUUUUUGGAGUGUGUUUUAAGCAGCACAAAAUUGAGUAGCAAGUCGCAUAAUUACAACUUUCUUCGCCCUUGGUUGGGUACCGGUUUGUUGACGAGUGAUGGAGCGAAAUGGAAAACUCACAGACGCAUUUUAACCCCAGCUUUCCAUUUUCAAAUUUUGGAACAAUUCAUCGAAGUUUUCGAAAAGUGCGGAAACACACUUCUUGAAAAAUUGCGAAACGAAGUCGAUAAAGAAACUUGUGAUAUUUAUCCGUAUGUUACAAUGUGCACCCUUGACAUAAUUUGCGAAAGUAUAAUGGGGAUAAGUAUAAAUGCACAGGAAGAUAGCACCUCGGAUUACGUCCAAAGUGUGAAAAAUGUGUGUCGGAUUAUGGUUGAACGAUCCAUUUCUCCUCUUCAGAUGUGCCCUUUUAUGUAUCCGUUGACAAAAAAUUACUGGACCGAAAAAAAAUCGCUAAAAAUCUUGCAUAAACAAACCAAUGAUGUGAUCAAUGCCAGGCGAAAGGAAUUGGAGAGUUCGAAAGAGGUCUCUAGCUAUGAAGAAAAUUUUACGAAAAAGAAAAAACCAUUUUUAGAUUUGUUAUUAGAAACGAAAAUCGAUAACCGGUUGUUGACACAGGAAGAGAUAAGAGAAGAAGUGGACACUUUCAUGUUUGAAGGUCAUGACACCACAGCUUCUGCAGUCAGCUUUACUUUAUUUUGUUUGGCUAACAAUUUAGAAAGUCAGCAAAAAGCGUUUGAGGAACAGCAAGCAAUUUUUGGUAACAUUCAAAAUGUGACUGCUUCAUAUACGGAUUUGCAAAAUAUGAAAUAUCUGGAGCAAGUCAUAAAGGAGGCUUUACGUUUAUACCCAUCCGUUCCAUUUUACGGCAGAGAAAUCACCGAAAAUGUUGAAUAUGGUAAUGGCAAGCUAUUACCAAAAGGAGACAUUUUGUUAAUUUUUGCGUUUGGGAUACAUCGAAACGAGAAAUAUUUUCCAAAUCCGGAAAAGUUUGAUCCUGACAGAUUCCACAAUAUGGAUAAUAAAACGCCCUACGCUUAUAUACCCUUCAGUGCUGGACCAAGAAACUGCAUUGGCCAAAAAUUUGCAAUGCUGGAAAUGAAAAGUACAGUCUCCAAAGUACUCAGACAAUACAAAUUAUUGCCAACGACGCCACAACAUGAGCUGGAACUGGUAGGAGAAACUAUUUUAAAAUCAACUAAUGGAAUUAAAAUACGUGUAACGUUAAGGAAUUAAGGCAAACAAUUCAUUAUAAAUAAUUUUGAUUACUACUCGUAUUGCUUAUCAAAUUGGAAUUAGGAAUAAAAUGGCAUUAUUAUAAUAAUUAUAAUUUUUUAUUAGUGUCAA